GGGACCUCCAGGCCAGGGCAUGUACCUCAAUGAUGUGAAGAAAUGUAUUACUGCCUCUGUCACGCGGGAGCUCCCGAACAAUGUGCCGUAUCCCGUGAAGGUGCACCUCAUCCUUGCUUUCCAGAGGACAUGGCCGUUGCAUAGCACGAACUGCUUCGAGCGCGUGUAUGCAGCAUUUGACAAGACCUUGGCUGCGCUGAUGGAGAGCAAGUUCAAACGCUACGGAAGCCUUCAUUCGCGGAUUAGAAUUGCCGUGCAGGAGCUGUUGAAACUCCAUAAAGAGACAACGCUUGCACAGCUCACCACGUUGCUCACGCUCGAGUCAACGCCAUUCACACAGAACAGCCAUUACCUUGCAGAGAAAACGGCCAAGUCACUUGCACUAUACAAAGAGGCACGCGCGGGGAAGACGCCGCCAACGUCCAUAUCUGCCAGAGCAACACCUUCUGGGUCCCGGUCCUUCAACUUGCCCGCCCUUCCUUAUAGACCUCCUCCCGCCCAGACUCCCAGCAUCGGCGAGUCCGCAUUCUCGUUCGUAUCGCCCUCGGCCUCAAACGCUGCAGCCGCCCCGAGUGCCCCGCGCGUGUCGAAUGCACAGAAUGGUGCGGACGAGGCCAAGCCCCGUCCGGCUACUCCAAAACCCGCUGAGAAAGCAACUCCAAAACCCGCUGAGACAGCAACUCCCGCGGCCACAGUCCAGCAUACAUCUUCGUCGCCGUUUGGGCACAUCAUACAACCGCCCGUCACCCAACCUACGUCUAACGCAUUCGCUGCGUCGCAGAGCAAUCGCGCAUUUCCUGGUAGCGCAUUCGCAACUCCGCAGGCUGGUAGCGCGUUUGCAGCUCCACAGGCCGGUAGCGCAUUUGCAGCCACCCAAAGCACUAAUGCGUUCGCGGCGCCGCAGAACAGCUUUGCUGUCGCGGCGCAGGCAGAGGAGCGUCAGAAGAACGAACAGGAUGCGCUCGCCGCACUGGCGAAGCUAGGUUAUAACGUGACGGCUGCGGAUCUGGGCAAGUUGAACCCGCCAGAUAUCUUUGAAGAGGAGCUUCAGGUGAUGGCGGAGGUGCGAGCAUACUUCCAUGUGUCAUACAAGCGUGUGAUCGAUUACAUCCCUCUUGCGAUCGACCACCAGUUUUUGUUCGGGUUCACCACCGCGCUGCAGCAAUGUCUGGUCGAGAAGCUUGGUCUCGGAGCGGCGAAGGCCGCGGAGCGGUGUGCAGCGUAUUUGUCUGAGGAGCCCAAUAUUGUCGCCAUUAGAAGGGAGCUGCUUGCGAAGAAGGAGCGUCUGGAAAGCGUACGGACGGAGCUGGAUAACUUUGGCUUAAUCCAAAGCACUGAGGGCGGGGUCGUACUUGGAAUGACAAGGCUGUGUGACUGUCAGCCAGCUAUGCGUCGUUCACUUGCGCAUCCUAUCAGACUCCUCUUACCCGCCAUGAGACGUCAGGCAGACUAUAUACCUCUUCGUUCUUCUCCACAUGCCGGUGAGAACGCGAGUAACGCGGAGACAGACCAUUCAGGCAACCGCCUUUUGAUAUGGGCUUGCAUUGGAGCUAUUUGCUCCUCUGUCUUGUCCUUCGUUAUCUUUGCAUACGGACAGAUCCUUCAAGUUGAGCCCACUGUGCAGGUGCAAUACCCUUAUGGCAAAGCGUUACGGCGUCCAAACCCCUAUGUCAACUUGGAUAAAGUCUUGCAGAAUUCAAACACCACCUUUUCGCCGAUCACAAACUUUCCGCAAAUUGUGCUGCAAAUCGAUGCCUCGGACACGCUGCGCAGGACAAGAGAGGACCAUCGUCAAUGGCGAUCUCACCUUGGCACCGUCUAUCCCGACGAUCGCCGCAUCAUUGUGUCCGCUGAGACGUCUACAAUCGUACAAUUCCGCAACAUUGACUAUGCCAUGGAGCGUUGCGUGCUCACCGCGUCGAUCCCCCGUCACACCGAGCCUCACGAUCCAGCGGUCACGCUUCUGGAUCCCACCGAUGUGGAUAUAUGGAUGCUGGAUAUGACCGAGGAGAUGUCGCCCCAUAUACCAGGUACCUGGGAGCGCGCUGCCAAGCGCCGUUCACUCCUCGCUACGCUGACUUUCGAGAGAGAGGGUCAAACGAACUCGACGAGCUUCCAUUGUCCUUCCAACGAAUAUACCACACUGGAGCUGAGCUGUGCCUCGUCUGAGAAGCCUUGUCUGUUAGACUUUUGGCAGGACCAGCGGGCUAAGCCAAGAGGUGGAUUCUACAUGACGCAAUAUCAAACUCCCGUCAAACCCGAGAAAUCGAGACGCAUAUCUGUAUAA